AUGGUGUCAUCGUUAUAUGAGCAGUUGUGGAACCAUACGUAUUGGUGGGUUUUGUGAUGACUUUCGACUGGAAAAUUUGAUAGACAGUAGAGGAAAAUGGCGUAGCUUUGUGGAGGCGUUAGGAGACUGAACCCCCCAUGACUGAACCCCCCUGACUGAACCCCCCUGACUGAACCCCCCUGACUGAACCCCCCUGACUGAACCCCCCAACCCCUCAGAAAGGAACCCCCCUGACUGAACCCCCCAAGAUCGAACCCCCCCUGACUGAACCCCCCUCUAAAGCGAAAUUUCGGGCACCCCCGAUGGGGGGACGGCCAAAGUGAAAUAAUCUAGCCAAAUCGAAUAAAUUAUGGCCAUGGUGCAAAAAUAUGGCCAAAUUGAAAAGAUUUGGCCAGAUCGGGAAAAAAUUUUACAACCGUGAAAAAAGUGUGGCCAAGCAGGAAAAGCGUUUGGCCAAUACAAAAAAUGUGGCCAAAGUGAAAAAAUGUGGCCAAAGUGAAAAAAAUGUGGCCAAAUUAAAAUUUUUUGAAAUUUUUUUGCUGGCUCUCGGUCACAAAAAAUGUGACCAGGCAGGAAAAGCGUUUGGCCACGAUGAAAAGAUGUGGCCAAAGGGAAAAAUGUGGCCAAAUUAAAAUUUUUUGAAAUUUAUUUGGCCACAUUUUUUCCCACUUGGCCACAUUUUUUUCAAUUUGGCCGCAUUUUUUUCAAUUUCGCCACAUUUUUUUCAAUUUGGCCACAUUUUUUUCCACUUGGCCACAUUUUUUUCUAUUUGGCCACAUUUUUUUCAAUUUGGCCGCAUUUUUUUCAAUUUGGCCACAUUUUUUUCAAUUUGGCCACAUUUUUUUCCACUUGGCCACAUUUUUUUCAAUUUGGCCACAUUUUUUUCAACUUGGCCACAUUUUUUUCCACUUGGCCACAUUUUUUUCAAUUUGGCCACAUUUUUUUCAAUUUGGCCAUAUUUUAGCAGAACGCCAAGGUUUAUUCAAUUUGGGGGGUUCAGUCAGGGGGGGUUCCCUCGAACAGGGGUGAGGGGUUCAGUCAGGGGGGUCCAGUCAUUGGGGGGUUCAGUCAGGGGGGUUCAGUCAGGGGGGUUCAGUCAUGGGGGGUUCAGUCAGGCAUUCUUGUGGAGGUCAUUUUUAAUUAAUAAGAAGGCAGUCUUCGAGGGACAAACCCCGGACUUUCUUCAAGUUCGAUUUGCGUCUAGACGACGAACUAGGUUCUUGAUUUUUUAUAAGCACAACCAUGUUAUUUUAUCCAUUGAAGACGGAACGUCGUCGAUUGGGAAAUAUUUUCCAUGCUAAUCCUAACUUUGGUAAAAUUACGGACCAGAAGCGAAAAAUUAGAAUAAUCAGAUGUUUUGCAGCCAUACAGUGUACCUUAACUCCACGUUCUGAAACGUUGUAGAAAUUUACAUGCAGCAAAAAAAGUAGUUUUAAGUGUCUGCAAUCAUCUAUUAGGUUGGGGAAUAAGUCCGCAACGAUUUCUUUAUUGCUUCGUCCUGCAACGAUUGUUUGUUGUUUGGAAAAGUUUAUAUAUGCAUUCGAAAGAGUUCUGUCUCCUCUACAAAACUGUGUUUUUAGUUUUUUUUUGAAAAUUUAAUUUUUAAUUAUUUUUUGGGCUUAAAAGUGAACCAUCUAGGAGGCAAAAAUUUGCGUUUUCGACACCUGCUUCUUUCGCCGAGCAGCACGUGGACGCAAACGGCGGUCUUUGUAUCGAAUCAUCAUCGGGGAUGAAAAUGGUGUCUGUACGUCAAUAUAAAGCAAAAUGUUGACUGUUUCCUGGAGUGGGUGGCCCCAGGGGACAGUCAAGCAAGAUCCCCACCCAAAAAGGCCAUGAUCUGCAUUUGGGGGGACUGGGAAGGCAUGGUGCAUUGGGACAUGCCUCAAAAGAACGCCACUGUCAACAAGGAGCUCUAUGAUGCCCAACUACACCUCGAAAAUGGGGCUAUUCGACUGAAAUCAAGGCCAAGUCACCUUGCUCCACGAGUCAUCUUGCUCUCAUGUUGCACAAGUCGUCAAAACCGCACUCCAUGACUUCGAAUGGGAGGUUAUUUAGCAUCCACCAUACUCUCGGACCUUGCGCCAACCGAUUACCACCUUUUCCGCUUUCUGUCAAACCAAAUCCGAGGUGAAAAAUUCGAUGGCGAAGAGGACCUCAAAAACUUUUUAAGCCCCAAAAAUUAUAAAAAAUUAAAUUUCCAAAAAAAACUAAAAACACAGUUUUGUAGAGGAGAAAAAACUGUAUCAAAUAAUAUAUAUAACCUUUGCCAAACAACAAACAAUCCUUACAAAACAAAACAAUAAAAAGCUCUACGAACUUAUUCCCCAACCUAAUAUCUCAGAAAUGAUGUAACUUUUAUUUCAUUGUGUAAAAUGAUUAAUUGUGAACCUAGGUUGCCUCGAGUAAACACCUGGUCGGAUGUGCCCACCACCCCAUCCCAACUCAAGACUGCCCUGUUUCUAGCCCCUUUUAUAUUCCUAAUCCGAAUUUUUGUGGAAGCUUUCAUCGGUCUCGGCCUGGGAAAACUUCUUGGAUAUCAUGAUCGUCCCUACUUAGCCUCUGUUUAUCGUCAUAUUUCUGGUGGGUUCUUGAAAAACAGCAGGACCAAGAAGAUUCUGGAGACUUUCUGGAGAUUCGCUGCGUAUUCCUUCUUCUUUUUGUUCGGCGUCUUCGCUUUAUAUGACAAACCCUGGCUAUACGACGUGACGCAAGGCUUCAUUGCAUAUCCCAAACAUCCAGUUGACGAUGUUAUUUUCUGGUAUUACAUGAUGGAAUGCAGUUUCUACUUCUCUUUACUGAUCGCGGCACCUUUUGAUGUUCAACGGUCAGAUAGUUGGCAGAUGUUUGUCCAUCAUCUGAUUACAAUUGGGCUCCUUUCCUUUAGUUGGACCAUCAAUUUUGUUAGAAUUGGAACGUUAAUUCUAAUCUCCCAUGAUCUCAACGAUAUCUUCUUAGAGCUUUGCAAAUUGGUGCGAUAUCGACGGAGGUAUCCGAAUCUGAGCAACGGACUGUUUGUCGUUUUUCUAAUAUCGUAAGUUCAUACUGAACAAGCAAAAAGAUAAAUUUUUUGUGCUUUAAAAUUGAAAGGGAAUCUUUAUUUUGUAAACUUAUGCAGACUUUUCUUCCGAACCCAUCAUUUGCAGUCCCAUUUCCGGCUAUUUGACGCAAUUCUACUGUGGUUAACCGCAUUCUUUUCAGAUGGAUCGCCUCCCGCUUAAUCUACUUCCCCAUUUUCGUAGUUUACACGGGUAUUGUGGAGGGGCCGGCCCUUAUCCAACCCGAUUACGAGGUCUUCGACUUUUCCCAGAAACCCUACGCUCCAAGGAUAAUCCUGAUCCUCUUGAUCGGCCUCAUGUUAUUGCAUAUCUUCUGGACAGUCCUUAUUUUAAAGAUUGUUUUCAAAGCACUUCAAGAAGGAGAGGCUUCUGAUAUUCGAUCAGAUUCUGAAGAAACGGACAGUGAGGAUGAUCGAAAUGCCAACAAAAAGGUUAAAAAAUAUCAAUAA